AAACAAUGUUAUUAUUUUUCUCUUCCACCAACAUAAUACUCACGAGCAUAGAAUAUUCUAUCCUUGUAAUCCCUCUUGUGGGGAGAACAACAGGAAAGAGUUUGUUGUCUGCCAUUGAAUUUGAACGUGGUAUUUGAUAAUCAUGAUCAUAGCAUCUUUUAGACCACGACCAUUUUCAUUAUCUUGUACCGGAACUAUGAAGUUUGCCUUAAGUCUGUUUUGAGCCGAUAGGAUGAUGAGUAGCUUAAGCUGAAUCUGAACCGCAUUGAAUAGCGUCUAAUCUCUAUGUUUUUGUCUCCUGAAAAAUAAAAAAAGGAAAGAAAGAAAUGCCAAGCGACUGUAUUACGAAAAAGGAAAAACCACCCUAAUCCGAAUUAGUAUUGGAGCACUUGUAUUGUCAGGCAAAAAUUUGUUUUCAUCUAAUUUUUCUUUUUUCUUGUCCCAAAAAAUUAAAAGAAAAAAAGGUAACAUCUAAUUUUACUGUUGAUUGUAUGAUAAUAUGGAUGGGGCAAACUUGAUUACAUUUUUUAGUUAUUAGAAGAACAAGUAUUAAAUUAUGGCUUAAGUUUGUCCAAAAAAUAAAUAAAUAAUAAUUGUCGCAUAAGUGAAGAUGAGACAAAGCUAAACCAAACGAUAGAAUUGGGCCACUUUAUAAUGAAAGAAGGAGCCCAUUUUGGCCCAGUUUUAAAAAAUGACGAAAGCAAUGUGACAAUAUCUUGUCUUCCCUUGAUGAGGUAGAGGCCUAGGGUCAUCUGCAAAGCCCGGUUUUACGUCUCUGUAGUCUCCACUCUCGACUCGUCGAUAUUCAACACGGCCCCGUUUUAAGUUUCUCUCGGUCUGUUGUUCAUGGUUCUUCAAUUACAAAUUUUCCCCAAAAACUAAAACGAUGUUUUAUUAUUUUAUGCUUGAAAAUAAAAAAGGAAGAAGACCGAAAAAGAGCUAAAUAUUAUAAGCUUCGUCCUGGACUCAUUCUCCGUUGCUCCAUUUCAUGGCUUCACUUUCGAGUCCCACCCAUCCAUUCCCGCCAUCGGUGAAUCGAAGACCAGCUAUUGAAUUGAUAAGCGUACGGUCACAAUCUACACCUAGGGCCGUAAACGAAGCCAAUUCAUCUUCUUCUUCUUCUUCUUCUUCUUAUUCUUCUUCAUUUGCCGCUAAUGGUAAUGCUGGAAAAACUGAAGCAUUAACUGUCAGCAGAGGAAGAAUAAUAGAUAUCGAGAAGCUAAAAGAGAAGGAAACGAGGGAGAGAAAAGAGGAGGUGAGCAGGAAGAUAGCUUCAAGGAAAGCCAUUUCGGUGAUACUGCGGAGGGAGGCCACCAAAGCCCUCAUUGAGAAGAAGGGAGGCCCCAGCAAUUCUAAAAAAUUGCUUCCCAGGACUGUCCUUGAAGCUCUCCAUGAGAGAAUCACGGCUUUGCGUUGGGAAUCUGCUCUCAAGGUUUUUGAACUACUGAGAGAGCAGCUCUGGUACAGGCCAAACUCGGGUGUGUAUAUCAAGCUGAUUGUCAUGCUUGGAAAAUGCAAGCAACCAGAAAAAGCCCAUGAACUCUUUCAAGAAAUGAUUGAUGAAGGCUGUGCUGUCAACCAUGAAUCCUGUACUGCUCUUCUGUCUGCCUACAGCAGGAGUGGUCUCUUUGACAAAGCAUUCUCUCUACUUGAGCAGAUGAAGAGUACACCACAAUGUCAGCCUGAUGUCCACACUUAUACCAUCCUAAUUAAAUCAUGUCUGCACAUUUUUGCGUUCGAUAAAGUUCAGGCUUUGCUUUCUGACAUGGAAACUCAGGGGUUGAGACCCAACACUGUCACAUACAAUAUCCUCAUUGAUGCCUAUGGGAAAGCCAGAAAGUUUGCAGAGAUGGAAACAACCCUAGUGGAAAUGCUUCAAGAAGAGGAUUGUGAGCCUGAUGUUUGGACCAUGAAUUCCACACUAAGAGCCUUUGGCAGCAGUGGGCAGAUAGAAACAAUGGAGAUGUGUUAUGAAAAGUUUCAGAGUGCUGGGAUCCAACCCAACAUCAAGACCUUCAACAUACUCCUAGAUUCCUAUGGAAAAACUGGGAAUUAUGAGAAAAUGAGUGCCGUUAUGGAAUACAUGCAGAAAUACCAUUAUUCAUGGACGAUUGUUACGUACAAUGUGGUAAUAGACGCAUUUGGGAGGGCUGGAGAUUUAAAACAGAUGGAAUAUUUAUUCAGACUAAUGCAGUCAGAGAGGAUCAAGCCAAGUUGUGUCACAUUUUGCUCACUCAUAAGGGCUUAUGGGCUAGCGGGUAGACCUGAAAAGAUUGCAAGUGUUUUGCGAAUAAUUGAGAAUACAGAUGUAAUGCUGGAUACUGUAUUUUUUAACUGUCUGGUAGAUGCUUAUGGAAGGCUGGGAUGCUUCACCGAGAUGAAGGGGGUUCUGGAGAUGAUGGAGCAGAAAGGAUGUAAGCCUGAUAAAGUUACAUACAGAACCAUGAUUAAAGCAUAUACAGCCAAUAGGAUGGAUAGCCAUGCAAAAGAACUCCGAUAUCUUAUGGGGUCAGCAGAAAUAAGUCAAAUUACUCCUUUGCAGAGGGAGAAGCCUGACUUCUGAUGAAUGCUGAGGUGAGAGAGAUAAUUUUGUACCUUUUUAUUGCUUAAUAUAUUGAUUUUUGUAUGUGGAUAAUUAAUAGCUUGCAGAUAGUAUAAAGGCUGUGCUAGGAUUCUUCUGGUCAGCCUUUAACAUGUAAAUUGGCUUGACAUUGUAAACUAAAUUAUCAAAAAAGUUUCAGUAGUUACGAUUAUUUUUAA